AUCCUCGCCAUUUUGCAAUGUGGGAGAGAGGGAGGCCACUUUUUUUAUGGCUAACGAAUAAAACAGAGCAGUUUUAUGUGUUGAGGACAAAGAGCGUCGAGCUAUUCAGUGUCAGUCAUGGAGGAGAUCAGCAAUGUCGCUGUACUCAUCACACACUCCUCCACUGCCUCCUCUUCCUCCUCUACGCCGUCAGCGCUGGGAUCCCUCUCUCAAACCCAAACGCAGCAAGCAGUAGAGGAGUCCCAGAGUUUUCAGCAGAGACAAGCUGCAGAUUCUCUCAUCCAGGUCAUUGAGAAGCUCAGCAAAAUCGUGGAAAAGCGGCCCCAGCGCCGCUGUACCUUGGCGGGCCAAAAAAGAGCAGUCCAACAGGCCUCUUCUGCGGGGGAAGGGGGAGGAGGUGUAGAGGGGACAAGGGGGAGUAGAGGAGGCUCUCCACACAGGAAGAUUAAGAGGAACUGUAAGGAGCAGGAGAGCGUUCAGGAGGUGAGAUUAGAAGGCAGCGCGGCUGACGGCGCUCUUUCUUCACGUGUGUCAGGUGACGGUAACAACAACAACAUCACCUCCCCGGCAGCAGAGGUAGCCGGCAACCCCAACAGCAGCGAGCACAAGCGGACGGUGACGUGCUAUCAGUGCAGCCUGUGCCCCUACCUCUCCCAAACGCUGCCCCUGCUGAAAGAGCACCUGAAGCAGCACAACGAGCAGCACAGUGACCUCAUCCUCAUGUGCUCCGAGUGCCGCUUCACCUCCAGAGACCAGGGGCAGCUGGAGGCACACGUCAGGCUGCACUUGGACAACGGCGACAACCUGAAGAGGAAUCCCACUGUGUUGGACACCUACAGUGAGCACACAGACGCAGUUUUAAGAAAGCAGGAUGGGGACUGGACUGGGAGCAGUAUAGGAAACGAAGUGAUCAAAAGCUCAGUGGACGGUUCCAAGGAGUUGCCACAGAAGAAGAAGUGGUAUAGCUACGAGGAGUAUGGAUUGUACCGCUGCCUGAUCUGCAGCUACGUGUGCAGCCAGCAGCGGAUGCUCAAGACCCACGCCUGGAAGCACGCCGGCCUGGUCGACUGCUCCUACCCUAUCUUCGAGGAUGAUGACGGGGCUCCCGCAAGGAGAGAGUCCCAGGCUGCGGCCAACACUGCCGGGACCCGGGAGGAAACGGUCGUUCUUUCCCCGGUUCUUCAAGAUAAAAGCGUCCAAAAGCUGGCCACUGCCUACAAGCUCCAGCUGUUUGCUGCUCCGUUGGCUGUCGAAAACAAACGGGACGUGUUGACUCACCCGGUGUCUAAUCUUAAUGAAAGUCCAAAAACGGAAGAGGAAGAGGAGGAAAGUGUGUACCCUAUCAAAGACCUGACCUCCGAGGAGCCCGUGGUGGAGGUUCAGGUGACGACAGAGGCAGAGUCUGAGGUGGAGAUUGAGAGUCACCACAAUAGCACCUCUAUUGCAGACAGCUUGCUGUCAUCAGCUCAGAAGAUUAUCAACAGCAGUCCCAACAGCGCCGGCCAUAUCAACGUGAUUGUAGAACGCCUUCCCUCAGCUGAGGACUCAGUCAUGGCGACGAACCCGCUCCUCCUCAGCCCAGACGUGGACAGGGACAAGAGCUUACUGGAUGCAGAGGAGGAAGAGCAGGACCAUGCAGGAGCGGUGAAGGAUGAGGUGGUCCCUGGCUGCAGUGCGGGUAGCACCACCGACAGCCAGCCAGUAGGAGCUACUAUUAAAUCCUCUGUUACUAUAAGUGGCGACUCUCCGCGGGAUGAAAACAUUCCCCCCGCAGGUCGCAAGAGGACUCAUUCUGAGUCUCUGCGCCUGCACUCUCUGGCUGCUGAGGCACUGGUAGCGAUGCCUAUGAGGACCCCCGAGCUCCCCACCUCCAGCACCAAGGUAAACCUGAAGAGCAUCACAGCCCAAGCACAGAGCCAAAACACGGGCCAGAAAGUCGUAGAGGUGACCCCAGCUGGACAGAAGGCUUCUGACGUAGGAACAACAGAAGCUCUUCUGGACUUGGAGCUUCACAGCAAGAGCAGAGAGGAAGAUCUGGGGUCCCUGGGUCUGGGGGAGGGAGACGAGGAGGGUCCUGCCACUAAAGCCGGCAUCAGCCUGUCACUGCUCACCGUCAUUGAAAGACUCAGAGAGCGCUCGGACCAGAAUGCCUCAGAUGAGGACAUCUUAAAAGAACUUCAGGACAACGCGCAGUUCCAAAACGGAGCCGUGGCCGGUGUGGUAACAGGGAACGGAGGCGGGAGUUACAUGUGUAGCAUCCCAGGAAUGGACGGGCUGGUCACCUCUCGUGAUGGCAGUCUGGUGGACUACAUCCCCGGCAGUGAUAGGCCGUACCGGUGCCGCCUGUGUCGCUACAGCAGCGGCAAUAAGGGCUACAUUAAACAGCACCUCCGGGUGCACAGGCAGAGGCAGCCGUAUCAGUGUCCCAUCUGUGAGCACAUUGCCUCGGACAGUAAGGACCUGGAGAGCCAUAUGAUCCACCACUGCAAGACCAGGAUGUACCAGUGCAAGCUGUGCCCAGAUGCCUUCCACUACAAGAGUCAGUUAAGAAAUCAUGAAAGGGAGCACCACAGCUUCAGCAGUGAUAUGGCAGCCCUCACACCAGUCACUGAAACCGUGGCCAUGGUGGAGGAAGCCGAGCGGGUAACGGAUGAAGAAUGUGGUAUGCAGAAGAUGUAUAAGUGCGAUGUGUGCGACUACACCAGCUCUACAUAUGUUGGAGUGAGAAACCACCGGCGGAUUCAUAACUCCGACAAGCCUUAUCGGUGCUGUAGCUGUGAUUUUGCCACCACCAACAUGAACAGUUUAAAGAGCCACAUGAGGAGGCAUCCUCAGGAGCACCAGGCCAUGCAGCUACUGGAGCAGUACAGGUGCUCUCUGUGUGGCUAUGUGUGCAGUCAUCCACCAUCACUCAAAUCCCACAUGUGGAAGCACGCCGGAGACCAGAACUACAACUAUGAGCAAGUUAACAAAGCCAUUAACGAGGCCAUCUCCCAGAGCAGCCGAGCUCCUCAGAAGUUGUCUGCGGUGCUGGAGUCGGUGGCAGAGCGCCCGGUGGUGGCCCCGCCCUCAAAGGACAAAGCAAAGGGCUCAGUGGAACCACUGCCAACACCCACAUUGACGACAACAACAACAACAACAACAGCAGCCGGUCUGGCUGCAGACAGUUCAGGGGCCCUCCCCACACCCACCACGGACCAUUCACAGUGGCCCGGUGAAUCCCCGAGCCCCCAGGGGAGGGACCCCGCACAGCUCCAGUCUCAGAACCAGAGCCAGCCACGCACAGGCCAGCCCCCCGUCCCGGGUCCCGCCAUGGAAUACUGCGUGCUCUUGUUCUGCUGCUGUAUCUGCGGCUUCGAGUCCACCAGUAAAGAGCGGCUGAUGGAGCACAUGAAGGAGCACGAGGGAGACAUCAUCAGCAUCAUCCUCAACAAGGAGCAGCAGCAGCCAGAAGCCCAACCAAGCCUCCAAACAGCAGAGUGAGACGUGCCCCCCCGUCCCUCCCUCUCUUUCUGUUAACACUGUCCCUGCGCUCUUACAGUGAUCUGCUGCCCGCAGAAGUAUUUCAUUGUGUGUCUUAACCUCAAGGCUUUUGAUACAGAUAUCAAGGUGUAAGCAUUUCACAUCUAGUUGAUUGUCACUGUUCAGAAUGUUCUGUGGUCGGCUUGGUGUCAGAGGGGUACAACUGUGAGGCUGCUGUCCAAUGCAGACACAGCAGAAAUGUACAAAAAAACGAUAUUAUAAGUCGUUAAUAUUUGACAUAUAAAGAGACACAAAAUGUGUCUGGAGGGGAGUGAUUUUGAGUUCAAGGGCCAAGUCCGAGCUCUAACCCAAGUCUGAAUUUUUUCUUCUUUUUUUUUCACUAUACAGGGACAAGUUCAUACCUCACAAAACCACACAAUCCCUCACCAGAAAUGGAAAAAAAAGAUUGACAUAUUUUCCAGUCUAAUUCAUAUAUUGACCAUGAGGCAGCUCUUUUAUCGCUACUGUAAUAUUUAAUGUAUUUAAUCCGACACAAUUGAGGCUCUAGCCUUGUUAAGGAGGUACAUGCACAAAUUCACGAAUGCCUAAAGGCGUGUAUCACUGCUCGAAUAUGAUUGAAUAUUUAUCAGUUUACUUUUAUGCAUGUUAGUUUCCGUUAUGCCAGUUUAAAAAGGCAAAUGUUUGUUAUUUUUGCGCAUUUGUUUUGUUUUGUUUGUAUGCGUGACUGUAAUUUUACUCGUUGGAUAAUUUAUCAUAAAGUCUUUAGAGGAGAAAGUAAUAGUUCUCAAAGGAGUGGAAGUUGACCAGAGCAAAGUGGAAAUCAGUCUUGGAUUGAUUUUGGUUGUUGUCUGCCGGCGAGAGGUAUUGGUUUUGGGCAUGUUGACAAAAGGAAUGAUAAAAAGGGAAGUUGGCAUAGGUUUGGCUUUUUAUUUGAAUUGAAUGGUGCCUAGAUAUUUGAAAGCAGGAAUACUGCAUUGAAUCACACCUUCACUUUACUUGUGAUUGUGGUGCUAGACUCACUUUAAGAGUUGUCAUGGAAGGUAUAGUCUUUUUUUUUUUCUUUUUUUUUUAAAUCCCAUGCAAUUUAUGUUGUAUAUAAUAACAUUUUUAUAAUAACCUUUACUCUUUUUUUUGGUCAGUGUUUUUAAAAACUUCUUUUGACUAGUGUCAAAUGCAACUUUAAAUGACUGCUGUCCCAGCUAAAAAAAACAUGCCUAAAAAAAAUAAGACAUGGAUGUAAAAAUAAAGCUCAGAAGGCAACGCGUUUUUUAGGGUUUCUUAGCGUAGUCCUACCAUGUCCUCUCAUGUGCCUAAAGGCAGGAGUGUAAUAUAAUUACUGCAGCUCUGAUAUGUAUAAACCCCCUGCACAGUGUAAUGAACGCAAACUUCGAUCUACAAAGGCUUCAUGUUUACUGUGAUGGAUUGUCUUGCUGUGUGGAAAUUAUUUUUCAUGCAGAAAGGAGAGAAAUUGAACCCUAAUGUCUCAAAUGAUGCUGACUGUGCAGAAAAACGAACGAAAGGGGAAAGGAGUACUGGCACGAAUCUAACUUAUCUAGUCACCCAGAUGCAUGUUGGGAACAAUCUAAAUAUCCCUUGCACUUUAAUUCAGACUGUGCCAUUCAUUCGGAAUACAAAGUAAAAGAAAAAACGAUGCGUUUGUGUUGAUUUUUAAUGCUCUUGAAGCAUCACAAAAUUGAAUUGAACAGAAAAUUAUACAUAGAUUGAAGAUAAGGCAAAAUAAAUUAUUCUCUUAAACCAAACACUGAGUGUCAAAGCCUUAACCCAAAUAAUGUAUCAUGCAGUUCUGCCAUGCAGCACACACACUGUCAAGUUAAUUCAUCAGUAUGCCAUCCCUUUUCUUACAUCCACACAGACAGAGGCUGAGGAAAUUAAGAUAAAAUGGAAUAUCCAUAAUUCAUUCAGUCUGCACGUGUGUGUAGCAUGGUGGAUAAAACAAAAUGAAAUCUGUAUCUCAGACCUGUUACCUGGGCAGGAAUUCUCAUUAUCAAAGCAGGUAAUUAUUGUCUGGCUUUUAAUUUACAAUUCUUCGUGCCAGAAUUAGAUGGUUAUAUGUCUGAGUGAAAAAAAAUUAAAUAAAUAAAAGUGGGACUUCAGUUCCCCUCCUGCCUGGUUAACGCGGCAUGCGUGUUAAUGAGCAGUGAGAGUUAAAGACUGGACCGACCACACACAGACAGCCCAGCACUCUCCUCUCUGUCGUAUGGGGAUCUUCUAUUAAUCUGACAGCUCGUAAUUAUUCAGCUCCAAGAAUUAAUUCUGGUUAAAGGCUCCCGGUGGAGUUUUUGACCCCCUAGUAGCGCUAUGGAGCUGUUGCUCUAUGAGUGAGUCCCAGAGGACGCACGUGUGCACAGGUCAUGUGAUACACAAUCCUGCCAAUGGCUUCACACUGUUCCACUGAUCCACAGGUGGCGGUAGUGUUCUGAGAUAUGCAGCAGUGUGCUAGUAAACACUGAUGUAAACAAAGCAGGGUUUAAAAAUUGCUACUGUUUUAUGAUGGUGGAAAUACACUUGUUAGAGCCCAGAACACUCCGUUCCAUUCGCGGGAACUCCACUGCCUUACUUGCGCAACAUGCUAACGUUACUAUAAGGCCGUUGCAUUUUUAGCGUACUUUAUCUAUGUUCUUAGAGCUUGGCAAUUAAAUGACGAGGCUUGCAACAUUAUUAUUGCCACCAAAUCCUAUAAAAAAGUCCAAAACCAGCAACGCAUUAAUCCAUCCAUAAAUAUCCCCCAGCCUCUCUUGACCCUGUCGGUGACACUAGGCCCAAGCCCAACAAAAAUGUAUAAACCUGUUGUAAAUGUAUACUUUCACUGCAAAAAAAAACAAAAAACAAAAGGUUAAAUCAUUUCUAAUAACAGUUUGCCACUGUAGGUUAUAGCCAAUGUUACUCAAACGAGCCGUAAAUAUACCUGUAUUAAUACACUGGUGCACUGGUGAGUAUUUCCAGCAGCAGGGCGGUGUAAGUGAGACUGACGGUCAGAGGAUUUUCCUUUUGAAAUGAGAACCAAAAAUCUACCAUUAAUAAAACAAAGAAACUGUCGAUUUUGGUUUUCCGCUUUUAUUACUGCAAGUUGUUUUUUUGUUUUUUAAUUCUCAAAACAAAAAAUGGACAUUUUGUAGUUUUUCAUUUUUUGUUCCCCUGUUUAUAAAUGUUGAAUGAUUUUGUUUUUCUCAUUUUAAAAGAAUCUUUUGGCCGCAAACACUGACACUGAUCAUUGGCUCAGAGUAAACUACAGUCCUUAUGUUCAUGUUAAUGUAGAGCCAUGUCAUACAGUGCAACAGUGGAGCUCUAUGGCACAGAGGAAUGCAAUACUUCAGGCUUUGGAUGCCAAAUCAGUACUUGUUAAUAGGAUCAUUACAGUAUUAUCGCCAGUAGCAAUGGUGGACAAAGCUACAAAAAAUAGCAUCCAAAUAUAAACUCAUUGAACUCGAUGACUGUACAGUAUAUGUGUUCAUUGAAAGUAACCAAAUUAACUCAAAACUUUCUGCAAUGAAUGCAUUGGAGAACAGCGAUCCAAACUAACUAACAAACUAUUUUGUGAUUUCAACAUAGUAGCUUGGGGUAAUAUUUCACGACAUUUUUAGAAGGUUAGCUUAAUCGCUGACCCCUUUCAGUCAAAUCGUGUUGGUAUUACUGUAAAGUUCAGCCAACAAGCUGGGAAAUGCAUCUUGGGUCAUUCUCCUGGUAGUAAAAGCAUAUAGGUCAAGUGGGAUUUUGCUGGCGGUGAUAUAUCCCAUUUGGUGUCACAAAUUACAAAAGUGUGUCAGCACAGGCAGCAGACACUGCAACUCCUUCAGAGUAUACGGAUCUUCCUUGUUCAGUUACAUUUCCCUCAGUCAUUUCAAACAACUACACAACUAUACAUUUGUGCCAUAUUUGAAAGCAACCAAUUGUUUUUGAUUUAGUUUAUGGUGCCUUUUGGUUGAAGGUAUUUGUGUUGAAGCUACAGCUUUUACCUCUCUGCCAAAACUUCAGUCAAGUAUCCAGAUGUUCUAGCAAAAGAUUUAUAUGUUGAUUCAGGCAAAACAUAGCGGAAGCAAACAUCUUUAUUAUUGUAAUAACGUUGGGUAUUAUGUGAACACCUCGGUAUGUUCUCCAUAGAGGCAAAUCCACAUUUCCGUUUCAUUCAGCAAUUUUGAGGCCAGAGAAACAACAACAAAGCAUGAAUGUGAAACAGCCCUUUCUUAUAUUACUUGCUAUUUUACCUAGUAAUGAGCUCAAACACUUGGUACUGUAUUUUAAGUGUGUACAUACUGUAGAUGAAGACUGCAGAACCAUAAAACUGACAUUUUUUAAAAGAUAAAAUCUAUUUUUUAAUGAUAUUGUAAAAAAAAAAAAAAAAACAAUCUAGACAAAAAAAAUAAAGUUUUAGAUAUAAUUUUGGCUCUGAUCUUAUUUACUCCCAGUAUAUUUGAGGAAACUGACGGUUUUAAGCUAAAUGAGCUGUGUGCAUUUAAGCCCAAAGAUGUGGAGAAGAUAGAACAUGUCUGUCCUGAUCAGUGUAUUUUUGCUCAUAUUUUGUAAUGGAGGUUCAGGAGUGUGAUGCUUGCUUUAUGUUUAUUUAUUUUUAGAACUUCAUAGACUUUAUGUCACUACUUUGCCAUUGUAUUUUUGGUAAUAAAGACUGAAAAAUAAA